AUGAAUGGACCUGCUGCGAUCGCUUACAUCGUCUCCGACCUUGUGCUCCAGUGCAAUCUUGGUCAAUCGGGAGCCGGCAUUCAAGGCGGAGCACUGCUCAUACACACGACACAGAGAUGCGAGUGGAAUUCCGGACGUCGACACCCUCGACUUGUCGACCACGAUAAUGAAGAUAUUGGAAUUGAAGGAUACUGUAUGGAUACGGAUACGGAUACUUGCAGGAAGUCGAGGCCGGACUUGAGACCUGUACGUACAAGGUAGUAAACACUCCAGCCAACUGAUUGUCUUGGAGAGCUGUUGGCGUAG